AUGGGACGGUUGACCAUCAAGGUACAUGGGUGCCGACUGCUGCACUCGCCCGGCCUCGCCACCUUGAAUCCGCGCAUACGCGUGGUGGUCGACGGUGUGUACAAGUUCCACACCCGCAGCAAAAACAACACGCGCACCCCGGACUUCAAUGAAACCUUCACAGUGGGAAACACCCACCGCCUGGCCAUAGUUGAGGUGCAGGCCUACCAUUGCGCCUGGACGGGCGGCAGUGCCGAGGACGAGCGUCUUCUUGGUAGCUGUCGUCUUUCGGUAAAAAGGCUGAGGCAGGGCCAAAAACGGACGUCUGAGUAUUACUUGGCUGCGGAGGAUGGAGCCGGCUUAGCGGGGGCAGUCACCAUCACGCUGCUAACUGACAUACACAGCAGUGUAGCACUGGCUAUGGGCGAGAGCGAGGAGAAGGAUUGCGUACAACGACUCCUACACUUUCUGCUGCGCCGCGAUAAAAGCCUUUUGGGGGAUAUUGAUUUGAUGAUGGCGUCUGUAACUGGUCUGCCAGCGACCGCAAAGCUAGUUGCGUCAUCUUCCUCAUUGAGUGGGACUCUCCUCGAGCAAUCAACGCAACUUGAUUCUUACGCUACUUUUUUGGAUUUGAUGAAAAGUUUGUGCUCCAAGUACAACUGUAGCGAGGAACCAAAGUAUACUCUCUCCCUUGUUGUCGAGGGUUGCACAGGCCUUGAUCGACCCCAGCUGUAUUUGCCCUCGUAUGCGGUUGUUGCUAUUCGCAGUCCACUUCAGGACUUUGCGACGGUGCAGCGACCCUUUACCCCAAACCCGGUUUGGGGUGGAGCAGCUAGCGCGACGCAGUUUGACGUGGUUGACCCUGACACCUUUGCGUUGGACAUCAUACUAUAUCAAGUCUCCACAACCUCGGCGUGGGAGGAGGUGGCGCUAGCGCAGGUGUCUGUUUCCACGCUUACAUGCAACCGUGCCUCGGCGCGGCAGGUAUUUCUCUUCGAUCGCAAGUCUUCCUUUGAGCCAGGCGUUAAGGGCAUGGUGCACCUUACUCUGCGGCCGCACAACUUUGGUUUGCCGCCGACGAUGCAAAUGACUGAUCACGUCGAUCGAUUCCAUGGGCGGCUAAAUCGUUUCUUCUACCGCUAUGACCAUAAGCGCAUCCCGCAGGUGGAUGCUCUUCUCCGCUCUCGCCUGGGUGGGCUGGAUGAAUUAAUGAAUGAACUGGAAAUUGAGUAUGGCAGGGAACCAGGCACCAUGGAACUAAGUAUCUCCGUCUUAGAGGUGAGUUCCCUGCAGCUUGACGCGAGAUCAGAGCUGGAUGAAGAAGACGUGAUGGUUGUGGUCUCGAUGGGUGAUGAGGUAGUGCGCACAGACCCAAAACGUGUGGUCGUCAACUCUCGAGCGGUAUUUGGAGAGACCUUUGUUUUUGAUGUUGCGCGGGAAACUGACAUGAUCAAGCUGGAGGUGGUGCGGGCAGGCCGCGAAAAUACUGUGUAUGGUCGCAUUGAUUUCUCUUGUCUGUGGAUGCAGCGUGGUGUUUGUAACAACCGCACACUAUAUUUGGUUGGGGCCGCUGGUACAAAUGAGGCCUACCUUAGCGGCUUGAUUACUGUCUCACUCUACAGCGAGCAGUUGGGACAGGCGUACUCUGUGGACAUGGAUGCAGCACACAUGUACGCUGGACGCCUUCGAAGGUACCUGCAUGUGCGAGCCCCAGAGAAACUGCACCUUGUGGACAUCGCCGUUGACACGGUGUUUGACAUUGAAGGUUUCCUGCGCGACCUCGCCAAGGAGUACGGCGAGGAGGAUGCAUCGUAUGCAGUGUACUGCUCAAUCCUGGGCUGUCGUCAACUCUCAAACCGAUUUGGAUUUAGGAUGAAAGCAUAUGCCGUGGUGCGUAUGGGGAUUAGACGAUAUGAGACGCAUGUGGUGAAGAAUAGCACGGAGCCGGACUUCUUUGAGUUCUUUGAGUUUGUCGUCGAUCGACCUCACGAGAUGAGCAUCGCGAUUGUCGUGAUGGACCGCUACGACCUCGGGGAUGACAGGGAGGUGGGGCACGUGACCAUUUCCCUCAGCGCGGUGGAGCUGGAGCACCAGUACCACCAAUGGCUGCCGCUGCAGAAGCCGGACAACAGCGGGGUUGCCGGAGUUGUUGGUGUAAAGUACACCGUGAAGGAUUUGCACCUGCGCGACAGAGGCCACAGCACCGCGGCGCACAAAACGUCAUCUGGGUCUCGUUUCCACCAUCGACUACAUUCGCAGAACAUCUUUACUUCAUAUGCAGACAGAGCUGGACGUCACGGGAACAUUCUCUCCCGCCUUGGAUUUUGGCGCAAUAAAUUUGUACGUGCGGCGGCGGCACGUAUUGUCCCACGUGAGAGAAUUUCGAACGCGACCUCCCUUACAGGUAGCGAGAAUGGCUCAGGGAUGAGCAGCGAACAGGAAUCCUCCGUUCAGGCGAGUCUGAACAUCAUCGACGAGGGUAUUCACUCCGUAAAUGAAUUCUGUUCCGCGUCAAGGACGGAUUCCUCGCCAAGGCCUGCUUUGGCGCAGCAAAAGGAAGUGGAAUUGACGGAGGCGAGCUCGCCACUUCAAACGCUGAGGCCCUCGUUACAUACUCAGAUGCGGCUGCACGUACGGGUGUUGUACUGUGACGACCUGGAAGACAAACGGUGCGUUCCGCCGAGCCCGUACGUGAUGCUUUCGACACUCGAAAAGACACACUGUACGAAAACCGCCUUCCUCACACGGUCGCCAAGGUACAAUGAGACGCUUGUUUUCCCUAUUACUGACCCUGUCCGAGACUACCUCAGCAUCACCGUCAUCACGGACACCUUUUACGGAAAGAAAUGUUUGGGUCACUGCUUGCUUUCCAUGAAAAAUGUACAAAACAGGACGCCGCGAACGCGGCGGGUGCCAUUGGUGGUGAUGCCGCAUCGAUCUCUGGCAACGGAGCGGGGCACUAUUUGUCUCACACUGCUUGGGGAAAAUUUUGGUCUGGACCACAUGCCCUCCGUUGAUGCUGAAAAUCGGUUUAGCUGUUUGCUGCGUAAAAUUCUUGCGACCGAGGCUCCGCAGCAGCUGCACCGCCUUGAGUGGUACAUUGGCGAGUACUCUCUGCGGGAGAAUGAGUUGCUGGGAAAGAUAUUUACCAUGCGCAACACAACGGAUGAGGAGGAGGUCGCGGCCAACGUCAAGCUUACUGUGAAGAAUGUGACACAAUUGUACUUGCAUGACCGGCUUGUUGCCUCCGGCGCGUGCUUUGUGAAGGUAAAGGUUGGGCGAAAGACGCUCCACUGCACCAAGGCCGUGUUGGGGGCGAAUGGGUCUUUCGCCAUUGAGGAGGAGUGUUGCUUGACGAUUUUGCAUCCGACGAAGCAGACGCUGCGAAUAAUUGUCAAGGCCGAGACCGAUUGGAAGCACAACUGUGGCGAAUGUGAGUUGUCUCUGUUGGACUUGCACCGGAAUGUGGUGCAGGAGCGAACACAUUUUGUCGUUAAAAAUGCAGGUUUUCCCACGGCGACUCCCGUUGGUUACAUCACUAUUUCGCUCCUCAGUGACAAUUUUGGUAGCCCGGUCUCGCCAAUGGACAGAAGCGACGAGAGUCAGUACGUGCGUUUGCGGGACUACUACUAUUACUAUCUUCGGGAACAGCUGCAUACGGUGGACGUGAAGUACAGCGGAACCUUUAACGUGGAGGCGUAUUUUCAACGACUCACGGAGAAGUAUGGUAAAGAACCAGGCAGCUAUCAUCUUCAAAUAGAGGUGAUUCGCUGCCGAUCCCCUGCUUUUAAGAGUGGCUCAAUGUAUUGCGUUAUUCAGGUUGGUCUCAUGCAGUUCAGGACGAGCAUUGUCCAGGGAAGUGGGGAGUAUGUGUUUCUAGAAACCUUUGAUGUUCGCAUUGGUCUGCCGGAGAGGGAGGAGGUGAAGUUGAUCUUGAAGAUGGUGGGCGAGAGAGAUGCGGCGGGAGUCGAGGUGGGGAUAACGGUCCUCCCACUCUGCGGCAUUAUGCGGGGGAAGGAGACGCAGCUCAAGCUCCCACUGGUCUACAAGGCUCAGACGCGAGGUGCCUCGUCUAUUGGCGCAAUUGAGGUUUCACUUUUUACCCGCGACUUCGGCGUUCUCGCGGAGCAGCCGAAAGGUUUCGUGGAGAACAACACCUACCAACGUCUGGAACGCGAGAUUCUGCGUCACCACCCAAAGGAGAUGCAUCGGCUACCCUCGAUUGUCGCGGUGGCGCAUGAACAGAAUGAACGUUUGCAACAUUCAACAAUGUCAAUUGCGUCUCAGUGCGCUGUGGCCUCGACUAGCUCAGAUAUUUGCGUUCGGUUUCUUAGCUUUCACGAUUUUCCCAAGGACGAGGCGUACAUGAAGGUUAAGUUAGUCAGUGGGAAGACACUUCUUCGCACGAGUGUCCUUGCUGGGGAGCAAUUGUCAAGUAUCAAUAAGGAAUUCACUAUUGAUGCUUCUGUAGAUAUUGAGGAUGCAAUUAUUACUUUGAAGUUGGCAGAGGUGAGGCUGCUGAAGUCGUGUGUAAUAUGCUACUGUGACUUUAUGAUUGCGCAGUGCCCUAGUGGCGGGGUGCUGAGGAAGUGGCUUCGCCUAUUUGAUGCAAAAGGAAAACCAUUGGGUAAGUUGAGCAUACAGAUUGAGGUCCCUGUCUCCUUUAAACGACGUUCUCCAGUGCGUACUGACCCAGUUUCGGACCAGACUGAGGCUGUCGUUGAUGACGUCUCUUCCUUGUUACUGAAGUACAGCCCAAAGGACCUGCGAAAGUUGGAUGUCUUGCUGGAUCGCGCGGACGAUCUUCGUACCAUUCACCGCCAGCUCCGGCAGCUGUUCGCGCCUCGGGUGCAGGCAACCGUGUACUGCGAGGUGCGCCGGACAGAGUUGUUGAAUCCCGUGAAGGGGCGUCUCACAGUGGAGACUGUUGUGAAGGAGGAUGUUGUGCGUGUCGUAGAGCGGAAGCUUGUGAUGCGUGUGGCCUCGGAUACAAAUUCCGGCGCGGAUCGGGUGUUUGAUUACCCCUCCUUGCGUAUUGACAUCACAUCGUGUGAUGUGUUGCUUUUCCGCCUUUUUGGCGAAGGCGGAGGUGACGGGGAAGGGGAACUGUGCUGCGCCGCCCUCUCCCUCCGUGCGCUGCUUACCCCAGAGCUGUACGACAUGGGCGAGGCGAUCACUGUGACGCUGGUGAAGGUACAACGGCAGCGCAACAAGGUGCACGCAUCUCUGGCCGGUACUCUGACCUUUUCCCUUAAGGCUCCUGCGUUUGAACAUUAUCCAAGGACGGUGCUUCUCUUCCACGGUGAAUCUCCAAAUGUAAAUCGUGCCUUUGUUCGGUAUUAUUUUGAUCGAAUCUGCUCUCUACUUACGCAUUAUGACGCUAAUUCGCUGGUGGAUAUUCACCAAGUCGUCUAUGAGAUGCAUGUUGCAAGACGCGCAUGGGAGGUGGAGUUGCCUAACCUCCUUUUCUCAUUGAUCGAGCGGUGGGGCCCUGAGGUGGAUUCAUUCCCACCCCCGCCGUCCCUGACAGUGUAG